GAUGUAUAAUAUGGUGAAACAAUAACAUGUUCAUUGUUCUUCAAAGGACGUUUAACUAUAAUGGAAAUAGGAAAUCAGUUUGAAGGUUCAUACAAGAAAGGAGAUGAGAGUGACGGUGGCCGGCCAGUGUCACGGUCCAACUCAAAGGAAAAAGUUGGGGUAGAGGAAGCCGACAUUGGAUUUAAGGACAUAUCUUCAUCCAACACACCGAACAUCUAUGUUGGGAAGCGAAAUUUUAUCCACCAGCUGAUGGACGUAGCUCUCAUGAUGGCGAACGUUUCUCAACUCAAGGCACUGCUGGUUUCCGACCGGGGCGACUACUUCUUCCUCCUCUUGACCUUCAUCUGCCUCUCCAUCAGUUUACAAGUGAUUUUUACCAUCUGCAUGCUCGUUAUUUGGUCCAUCGAGCGGAAGUUAGAGGAGACGACCACGGAAACAGCAACAACCAGUACCACGACUAUCGCCCAUGUGCCACACACACUAUCCGCAACAGAGGAACGACAUAAGGUCAUUGCGGAUCGGCUUGACAAAGUUGGGAACGUUCUCGUGCUUUUUAUUAUCGUAUCAAACGUGUUUGUUACCGGCUUUGGUGUUGAAGGCUCUCAUACUGGAAACAUCGACUCUCAGGCAGGGGGCGCAACCCAAAAUAUGUAUGGUACAGUGGCAAAUGGAACUCUGUUAACACAGUGAAACUUAGCAUAUUGGCAUAAUAGAUACACUGUCCUUAACAUAUGUAAUACCCUCGUGUUAAGCUUUUUACUGUAUAAAAUGGAUAUGUUCAAUGGUCCAUUUAGUCGCACGAUAAUCAUUAUUUCAGCUAUUGAUAUGUAGGGUCCUUUGAAAUCUUUUUGAGUCUGGUUUGCUUUAGGUCGGGACUUUCUAUGCUGUAUACGUGUCGGAGGAUGAUUUGUUCAUAUCGUUAUAAACAAAUGCAUGUAUGUCUAUAUACUUUUACACAGAUGUUGUUAUUAAAUAUCAUUGAUGUUCUGAUUAAUAUUAAUGCUUUGUAUU